GUGUUUAAUGAAAUUACUCUCAUUAAUGUAUUUUGACCAUACAAAAAGCAAAAACCAAAUUACCAGAGUCCCUGAAUAUAAGCAGAUAUCUGUAUUGGGAACUCAUUUAUGCUUGAAUGUGUAUGGAAAAGGGGCCUCAAAAUUUUAGUUUAAAAGUUGAAUUCUUUAUCAAACAGGUAUCAACCGAGAGAUUCUAUUCUAUAUACAGAUAUUCAAGAAAAGAAAAGACUGCUUUAUUUGGUAGAAAGUUGGGAAGAAGAGUUAGUAUUUGCUGGACUGGGAAUUGGAGAGAGAAGCUAAAAAUGGAAUUCUGGCCGGAGUUUUUAGCAAGCAGUUGGGGUAAAGAGUUUGUGGCCGGAGGACUUGGUGGCACCGCCGGUAUCGUAGCCGGUUAUCCUCUUGAUACACUUAGAAUCCGGCAACAGAAUUCAAGAACUGGUUCCGCCUUUAGUAUCCUCCGCCGUGUUGUCACCAGAGAGGGGCCUUGCGCCCUCUACCGGGGCAUGGGAGCCCCUUUGGCCUCUGUCUUUUUCCAGAAUGCCAUGGCCUUCCAGACUUACGCUAUAUUGUCACGAGCGUUUAGUACAAACAGUACAGGAGUCGAGCCGCCCUCAUACAACGGGAUUGCUCUAGGAGGAAUUGGAACAGGUGCUAUACAAAGCCUACUUCUUAGCCCUGUUGAGCUGGUUAAAAUUCGUCUACAGUUGCAAGGGAAAACGAACCAGAACGAGAACAAAAAUCAAUCCGGCAGUGAGAAAGGUCCACUACACGUCGCCAGAAACAUAAUAAGAACAGAAGGUUGGAGAGGAAUUUACCGGGGUUUAACCAUCACUGUGCUUAGGGAUGCACCAGCUCACGGCGUAUACUUCUGGACAUAUGAGUAUAUGAGAGAGCAACUUCAUCCUGGAUGCCGAAAGAGUGGCGAGGAGACCUUCAGAACAAUGCUUUUGGCAGGAGGUCUAGCUGGAGUUGCUAGUUGGAUUUUCUGUUAUCCUCUAGACGUAAUGAAAACAAGAAUUCAAGCGCAACCAGAAUCCUCCCCGGCAAAAUACAAAGGAAUUGCCGACUGCUUCACGAGAAGUGUGAAAGAAGAGGGAUAUAGUGUGCUCUGGCGAGGUUUGGGAACUGCAGUCGCUAGAGCCUUCCUCGUGAAUGGUGCUAUCUUUACUGGCUACGAGACAGCGCUCAGGUGCAUAUUUCACAAUAACAAUCACGCAGCUAUGCAAACAGAAAAUUCAAUCUAAAUUGAAUCCUGUUGUAGUCAAAGAGCAUCAUCUUAACUGCGCAGGAAGUCAUCUUGGCAUUCUAUUUAGCGAAAUGGGUCAACAUUGAGUCCCAAUUUUAAUGGAAUCCGUACUUUAAUUUUAACGGGACCAAAUAUAUAUUCACGUUGUACUUCACAAGGUGAUUAAUAUAAUAUAUUUAAUUUUC